UGAGUGCCGAGUUUAAAAGAGCUUGCUCAGCCUCAUGUACGCUCAGUGGGCUUCCAGGCACAUGAGGCACAGUGGCUGAGUAACAACACAGGAAAGGGGGAAAAAAACCCACAAGGGAUCUUAGUGGCUGUGGAACAUCUGAUUUACUUCAAAAUAAUCUGAUUACAUGCAGAGACAGACUAACAUACACCAGCAUUAAACGUCAGAAUGUAUGCACCCGGGGCCGUGUUGGCCCUCUGCCUGCCCUGCUUUUUGAGUGGGAACGUGUUUGGUUAUGAAUAUGGAGAGGAUUACUCUGAUUCCUACUAUAAUGAAAUCUCCAAUGGUGACCGCCUGAAAAGAGCUACGCAGAUUCCCUGUCCACCUCAAGACUUCUCACGCUGGGACAAACUGUUCAUCAUGCUGGAGGACUCUCAGAUGAAGCAAAACAUGCUCGUGCAGCAGUGUGAGGACAUGGUUAAGGCGGAGAUGGACACCAUGCGGAAGGAGCUCCAUAAGCUUAACAACAACAAAGCGUGCGUCCAAGCCUCAGAAAACACCUGCAGAUGUGUAAGUGAACAGAUGAACCACAAUCUGAACCAAGCCAUGGAGCAGCUCAGAGAGGCUGCAGACAUGUAUCAAGCCCAAAACAAUGAGACGUUGCAGCAGCUCGUUCAGUUCAGCAGGAACCAGGCCUCCCGUCUCACCAAACUGGAGAGCAACUCACUGCUGGGACAAGUGGCCAUGAAGUCUUUCUCCGCUUAUCCAAAGGAACAAGAAGCAAGCACUACAGAUGGUGGGAAGCUGGAGAGAGCGCUAAUGGCCACCGCUGCAGAUCUCCAAAGGGUACAUGUCCAGCUGGCCCUCUUCCAAAGAGCAACGGCACACCGUUAUCUGCCCUCAGGCUGUGAAAUGGCUUUAUUAUUCCCAAUGCGCUCCAAGCAUAUCUUUGCAGAGGUAUCACCCUCCAUGUCCAUGUCCCUACAAUCAUUCACCAUCUGUCUGUGGGCCAAAGUGACUCAGUCUCUAAAUAAAACAGUGCUUUUCUCUUACGGAACCAAGAAAAAACCUCAAGAGCUCCAGCUUCUCUUGGCAAGGCGCUCGGUGCUCCUCACGGUGGGCGGUGAGACCCAUCUAGUGGAAGCCCACAGCGUAGUAACAGAUGGCCAGUGGGGACACUUCUGUGCUGCCUGGAGCUCGGAGCAGGGGCUGGCCACUUUAUGGGUGAAUGGAGAGAACGUUGCCAGAGUGCCUGGAGUAGCCGAGGGGCACGUAUUGUCCGGUGACGGCUUCAUUCUGCUCGGGCAAGAGCGCAGCCGCUCGGGUGUCUACAGAGAUCUGGACUCAUCGGUUGCCUUCACUGGAAAAAUGACAGGGGUUAACAUGUGGGACCACGUGCUGGAAGCAGAAAGGAUUAAAGAGUACGCCAAUCACGACGGAUCCUGUGAUUGCCGUGGGAAUGUGAUUGGAUGGGGUGUUUCAGAGAUCAUUCCACAUGGUGGCGCUCAAUAUAUCAACUGAGACUGCACUAAUAAUAUCUAUCACUAUAGAAUGUAUUGUAUAUUAUCACUGAUUUUGUAAUUAUCUUCUUCCUCAUUCCAAAUAGAACGCACUGCUUAAAGGUGCCAUAGAAUGGAAAAUUGAAUUUACCUUGGCAUAGUUAAAUAACAAGAGUUCAGUACAUGGAAAUGACAUAUAGUGAGUCUCAAACACCAUUGUUUCCUCCGUCUUAUGU